AUGGGUGCCACCGUCGCCAUUGCCGGCUUCACAGGCAGGCUUGCCCGCCUGAUCACCGAAGCUCUCGUUCGCCAGCAUCCAGGAGUCGUCGUCCAUGGUAUCUGUCGCUCACCAGAAAAGGUCGACCCCAAGCUGCGUUCGAUCUCGAACGUCAAGGUCUUCCAAGCUUCUUCUGACGAUGCCGAAGCUAUAAAGCGUGCUCUCCUCGGAGUCGAUGUUUGCAUCUGCUGCUAUCUCGGGGACAAUGGGUUGAUGAUCGAAGGCCAGAAGACCCUCGUAGACGCUUGUAUAGCCGCCGGCGUUCAGAGAUACAUUGCUUCAGACUGGUGCCUUGACUAUCGUCCCUUGGAGCUUGGUGAUCAUCCCACGAAAGAUCCCAUGAUCAUUAUGCGGGCGUACUUGGAGGAGAAGGAGAAGGCCGGGUCGAUCUCAGGGGUGCACAUCUUGAACGGUGCUUUGACUGAAGUUGCCUGGGCACCGUUCGUGGGCUGGGUCGAUGCGGCUAAUGCGACGUUCCGAUACUAUGGGACUGGCGACGAGCCACUCGACAUGACGACCAUGCCGGACGCAGCAGAGUACACCGCAGAGGUGGCGUACGAUAAGAGCGCCAAAGGCUUCUUUCAAAUUGUCGGCGACCGCAUCUCCGUCAAAGGCAUGGCGCAAGCCUACUCCCACGCCUACGGCGUCGAGCCCAAGGUCGAGUGCCAAGGAUCGCUCGAUGAGCUAUACAAGUCGGCGAAAGAAAGCUUCAAGCAAGACCCGAAGAAUGCUUAUGCUUGGAUGGGUCCGCAUUACCAGUACUACAUGGGCAAUGGCUCAACAACGCUCCGCGGGACCCUGGAUCAUGAUCGCUACCUGGGCUUCAAGCCAAAGUCAGUGGAAGAGUUCUUGAAGGAGUAUACGAAAGACUCGGUCGGUAAUGCAUACAGGAGCAUGUGA